AUAAUGAAAUUCAUUGAAGAUAAGACGCUUCAUAUAAGACCGCUAAUGUUAUUUGAGAAUUGGAUUCUGACUUUUCAAUUUCUAUAGAAUUUAUCUUAGAAAUAUGUGGGGCUUCGUCUCUACCUUACUGUUUGCUACUCUAUGUUUAUACCAAACCUGGCCAAUUCAAUCUCAAUGCUUGAAUUUAAAAGAACUGAGUGGCAACAUUACCGAAACCUACCCAGGUCCGAGAAGUAGCAGAUAUUACAAAUGUUGGAAUAUUUUGAAUCCUGAUAAUAACUUAUUGGAAAUUGAGCUGAAACACCUGGAUUUUGAAAGCAAGUCUUGUUAUUACGUUUACCUGACCAUCAUAGCCAACAGAACGGGAGAACAAGUGAAGUGGUGUGACAACAAUGAUGAAAGGAAACCAAUAGCUGUUCACUCAAAUGUCACUGUUCAUUUCUAUGCUGAUUCCUACUAUCUUAAUCCAUUUAGUCGAGAAAAUUUUGAAAUACUCUACAACAUCGAUACUAGUACUAAAGGAAUAGAGGGUGUUAAAGAAGCUUAUUGGCAAGCCGUUAAUUGGUUGAAGAGUAACUCAACUUCCUGGAAAUGGAUCAACCAUAUACCGAAAGCUGUAACAGCCCUCUCCUUAUCUGAGGGAGCUAAAUUUGACGGCAAAAAUCUCAAAGAAGAACUUAUGGUGAAACAACGGGAACUGCGAAUUUCAAUAGCCUUACUGCGUGAUGCUAUUUCAAGUGAGCAUCUGAGCACCUUCAUAAACUCCAUACUCUCCACUUGUCACAACCCUCGAAAUUUCUACGGACAUAACUUGGUGGAACUUCUGAAAAAACAAGUGGCGUCUGAGAAUUUCACACAUCCGGCAUCUUAUUUGGCCCUCUGCAACGCCAAUGAAACAUGGCCGGAUAAAGCAUAUGACAACCUCCUGAAAAUGUACAAAAGCGCAUCCGAGCUGCCUUUUAACAGAGAUAUUCAAGCAUUUGCGGUGAUGGCUCUUUCCUGCAAAUUUCGACAAGGUGGGUACAAUUUAAUUCCAAACGACAGGGAACUUUCAGAUGCUUACGAAGGAAUCAUUCAAGAGUUCAUGAAACUGCAGAAUCCAAGUGGAAGUUUCGGAAAUGUCCAGAGAACAGCUCUUAUUACUCAGGCACUUUUGUCCAGCAUCGCCAUUAAUGAAAGCGUUGAAGACUGGGAUCAUCUGAAGGCUGUUCGAUUUCUAAUAAAAUCUAUGAAGGUGCUACCAACUAACUUUCUGUCCACCUAUUUGAUUCUUCCCUUGCUGAAUGACAAAACCCUGGUCGAUAUUUCUUUCACCAACUGCUCCGGUUCAAGGGACCAAGAUGACCUUGUGGCUGAAAUACAUGAUUACUUGGGCCCGAAGAUUCAAGUUCAGUACUCAUUGUUUAUUGGAGACAGUAAAGAUGUCAUCCACACAAUAGUACUCAAAGUACCAAAGCACUUCACAGCAUUUGAUGUGAUGCAGUUCGCUGCCCUCAAAGACAAAAAAUACAAUUUCAAAUACGAAUCAGUAUCUGGAAAGUUGGAUAUCUAUGAAGUGGCCGACAUUCCAAAUGAUCCAGAAGACGGGAAGUUUUGGUUAUUUUACAAGAAGAACACAGCUGCAGGAAAUACUUUUGAACACGAGGAAACAGGUCCAGUUAAAACAGUAUUGUCAGAAGGAGAUCACAUUGCCAUGUGGUACAAGAAGUAUUCCAUGAACUAUCAAUGAUCAAUACCAGCUCCCUUUUUUCAAUGGCAUCCAAAGAAAAAUCAGUUUCAACAGAUCAUCUGCUUAAAGGAUCAUGAAAAUAUCAAUUUCCAAAUGUAAAAUUGACCGACAAUGUAAUCGAUACUUCUAAUAAAUAUUCAAUUUCCAAUU